ACACAUUCCUCUCCUAAGCCUUGUCUCCUUAGGAAAACAUACUGAAAUUUAGGCUUAUUCUUGUCUGGAGAGGUGUUUGGCGAAUGGUGUGCCUGAACAUAAAUCCUUGCACAGCCUCAGCUGGAAAUAGAGCUUGGAUCUGCCAAUUCCCCAUCAAAUUCCCAUCACUGCCGCUGGGGGUGGGAGCAGAGCCCUAACACAUGUUUGUGAAUGUGAAAAGCUGGAAAAACAUUGACAGCUAGAGUUGAAAUAGUCCAGGGGGAGAGUCAGCAGUCCUAUCUGGGACUGUGCACACGGCGAGGAGAGCAUGUCACAGCCCAGCUCUUCUCCACCCCAACUCCACAGAUUUAGAACCAUCCUCAAAAAUAGCCAGGGAACAACACAUAAUUGGUUUCACAGACAACACACUCUCAUGCUGUGAUUUAUUUCGUAAUGUCUAGUGAGUGUCAUCACGCUGCACUCAGAGCCUGGGUGCUGGCAUUCAGAGAGGGCACAGAGAAUGAAAAUUACCAGCUUCCCUGAUGAAUCACUGCCUUGAAAACUCACCCUUGUGAGAAACCUGUGACUAUUUAGAAAAAAAAAAAAAAAAUUAUGUUACAAGCACAUCUAUCACUCAUAUAAUUAUCCCUUUCUAGGUUUGAUGUGGACAGGGCAGCAUUCCUUAAAGCAUCAUAAACCGGCCAGGACCAAUAAUGGCUUUAGAAACCAAGUGGAGAAGUUCUCACAAUUAAGGUGGGGAAUGAGGACAGCUAUGGACAGGCACAUAAAUACACAGAAAGGCAGCUCUGAGUGCACACUGUGGGCUCUGGGACUGAGACAACACCUCCUGCUCCGACCUUGGCUUGGACUAAAGGGCUCCCUGCAGCAUGAGGGCUACAGGUGCCCUAGUGCUUCUCAGCCUGCUGCUGCUCUCUUUCUUCUCGGUUCCAGAUGUAGCAGGUCAAGAGAUUGAAGAGAUUUGUAGAGAGUUCGUAAACAGAAGCGUGUACUGCACGAGGGAGUCCAACCCCCACUGCGGCACGGAUGGCGUCACGUAUGGGAACAAGUGUGCCUUCUGCAAGGCAGUGCUGAGAAGUGGAGGGAAAAUAAGAUUGAAGAACCUGGGGAAGUGCUGAGUCCUCCCUGGACGGAGCAGCAGGAGCUGAGCCACCGCCGGCCACGGACACGGGAGCAGCCUGUCCCCCCUCUGCUGCCCCUGCUCAAUAAAAUAAAGCUCAGCACCAUUCCUUGGCUGGAUUCUUUUUUCCAUAAGACCCAGAAAAACGCUUUGAUCCAGCCGUGCUGGAGCCUGAUGCCUGGCUUUGCUCUCCUGUGCUGUUGCAUCACCCUCCUCCAGGGAGGAAAGGCGAUUCCCACGGCUCCCA